AUGCAGGACCUUUUGAAAUUAUAUGCUACCGGAACCCCAGCAAUCGCUACAGGAGGCUUUUUGUUGGGUGGUCUUCCCCGCAAGGCACCCGCGCCGGGCAUCCCUCUGCGGCCUUCGCGGCUGUCGUGUGCCGGCUUUGGCGGGGCCCAUCUUUUGGGGGCCCUGAUGAUAUAUGACGGUGACGUCAAGAAUGGCGCGGGCUUCUUGGCCGUCUGGGGAUGGCUUUACGGACUGGCACACGCGGGCUCCUUCUUUAAACAACCAGGACUUUACGGUAAAUCUGCCUCUUUGUUAGCAACUAUGUCUGCAGCUGGCUACACUCUUCUGUUUCUUUACGCUCCGCCCACCAAGCCUAUCGAGGUGCCCCAGACCGUGCCUGAGUAG